UUUGUUUUUGUUUUUAAUUUCUGGGGAAUUGGGGUAUAUGUGACAAAUAGAAAUUGUAUAUAUUUAGGACAUAAAACUUGAUGUUUUGAUUACACCCACUUAUUUCUUACAGAUCUUUGAUCAGAACUUAGGGGGACCAGGAUGAGUGUUACUAACUGAGUUAGGUGAUUAGGGUGUCACAAGCUAAGUGCAGGUGUUUUGCAGUUUGGGCUCUAUUCUCUCAGAAAGAGCCCACUUCCAGGAUAACUUGAGUUUGUUUUCGGAGUUUCUUUCUUACAGUUUCCUUUUGUACCCACCUACACUCCCUCUCAAAUGCCAGCAAUCAUGUGUUGAAUUCUCAUGCUUCACAUCUCUAAUUUCUUCUUCUACCACAUCUCUCUGGCUUCCUUCUUUAUUAAGGGCUCAUGUAAUUACAUGGGGCCCGCUAGAUAAUCGAGGACAAUCUCCCUGUCUUGACAUCAGCUGAUUUGUAACUGUAAUUUCACCUGCAAAAUCUCUCUUGAUGUAAUUUAACAUAACUACUCAGUUUGUUACAUCCAGCGUUCAAAGUGCAAUUUUUUUUUUCUUAAUAGAUUCAAAGUGAUAGAUGUGAUCAGUGUGUAUUGCCCUUUGGUAUAAUGAUAGAAUUAGUGGAAGUAAAAUGUCGGAAGCUUUAGUUUUGUUUCUCUUUUAGUUCUCCUUCAUCUUCAGGUCUUCCCUGAUGGGUCCCUUUAUCUUGAAAACUGUAGCUCAUGCGCCACACCCCACUUUUUUUCUAAGCCACAGGGAAGUUAAUAUUUGAGGCAUUGGAUUUUUUUUUUUUCUUUCAACUUGUUUAAUUUGGAGGAGGAAGAGCAUUCCCUUCUACUAAUAACAAUAUGUAAAACUUCUAAAGCGUGUGCUGUUCCAUUGUUUUAUUUAUUCAUUUAAUCUGUAGAACAAACCUAUGAGGUGAAUACUGUUAUAUUCUCAUUGUACAGGGCACGUGCCUCAACUUCAAUCUGGGAAUUCUUUAAGUGAAACGUAUUUAAAAUCUUCGACCAUACCCGGAAGAGAGCCCAGUCAACAAUAAGGUGGAAGAGAAUGAUGUUGUCCUUAAACAAUCUACAGAAUGUCAUCUAUAACCCGGUAAUCCCCUAUGUUGGGACCAUUUCUGAGCAAUUGGAGCCGGGAACUUUGAUUGUACUACGUGGGCAUGUUCCUAGUGACUCGGACAGGUUCCAGGUGGACCUGCAGUGUGGCAGCAGCGUGAAACCCCGAGCGGAUGUGGCCUUCCAUUUCAAUCCACGCUUCAAAAGGGCCAACUGCAUUGUCUGCAACACUCUGAGAAAUGAGAAGUGGGGCAGGGAGGAGAUCACCUACGACAUGCCUUUCAAGAAAGAGAAGUCGUUCGAGAUUGUGAUCAUGGUGCUGAAGGAGAAGUUCCAGGUGGCUGUCAAUGGAAAGCACACCCUGCUGUAUGCCUACAGGAUCAGCCCAGAGAGGAUCGACACGCUGGGCGUUUACGGCAGAGUCACCAUUCACUCUGUGGGCUUCAGCUUCAGCUCGGAUUUAGGAAGUACCCAAGGAUCUACUCUGGAACAGACAGGGAUAAGUAAAGAAAAUGUACUAAAGUCUGGCGGGUCACAGCUUCCUAGUAAUAGAGGAGACAUUUCUAAAAUCGUCCCCAGAACUGUCUACACCAAGAGCAAAGGUUCGCCAGCCAAUCACACUUUGACUUGCACCAAAAUACUACCUAUCAACUGUUUGUCAAAGACUCUGCCGUUCGUAGCAAGGUUGAACUCCUCCAUGGGCCCUGGACGGACUGUCGUCAUAAAAGGAGAAGUAAAUACAAACGCCAAAGGAGAUGUCCAGAGUUCUGAAAGUUUGAACUUUACUGUUGAUCUGCUAUCAGGAAAAUCCAAGGAUAUUGCUCUCCACUUGAACCCACGCCUGAAUAUGAAAGCAUUUGUAAGAAAUUCUUUUCUUCGGGAGGCCUGGGGAGAAGAAGAGAGAAAUAUUACCUGUUUCCCUUUUAGUCCUGGGAUGUACUUUGAGAUGAUAAUUUACUGUGACGUGAGAGAAUUCAAAGUCGCGGUAAACGGUGUCCACAGCCUGGAGUACAAGCACAGAUUUAAGGAGCUGAGUAAAAUCGACACGCUGGAGAUCGACGGUGACAUCCACUUGCUGGAAGUGCGGAGCUGGUAGCUGACACAGGGGCUGCCAACGCUGAACUACAGCAUGACCUCUGUAACACUGGCCUUGGUAAAACACAUCUAUCACGACAUGCUUUAUAUACAUUGUUAAGUCCUUACGUCCCGCUGGGUAUCCUCAGUCCGUGCUGCGCGCCUUGCCGAGCCCAGAGUGAGAAGACUGAUGCGACAGUGGUCACAGCCAUUGCUGUAACAGGCUCUCCUGCUCUCUCCUCUGCACCUUGACUGCCUCUUUUAAACCUACUUUGCGCUCAGCAAGCGUUUAGGAAGUGUCCACGGUCACAGAGGAAGCCAGCCCGCACUGAGCACUUAGCUUUGCGUGUGUGGUGGGGGCCAGGGGCACACAGUGGGGCGCAUGCAUCCCCUGCUCUGCCAAGCUCUGGGCCGCUGCUCCUCCCUCACACACCAGGGGCUUAGAAGGAUUACUCUGUUAAUCACCUGAGGACACAAACUUACAGGCGACACUUCCUCCAGUGCUGGCUCAGGGUUUGACUGUAUCCCAUAAUUGGGAGGACUGAUGCUGAUUUAUGUCUGGAGAUUUUCUUUAGCAUGAUAAAUAUCUAGCUCUGCUAGUUGUAAGCAUUACCAAAUGAUUUAACACUAUGAAAUCUAAACACAGCACAAAGAUAAAGGCAAAAAGCAAAGCAAAACUGAACCAAAUGAUGUUGAAAUUAACUUGACAUCAGUCUCAAGGCCACUGAUGUCUGUACCAGUAAAUGCAUAUUUUAGAAUAUUGGAGUUUCGAGUGAGCCAGAGGUCUCCUAUGCACAUACUCUACAGAGUGUAAGGUAGACAAGAGACGUCUCAAUUUGUAAAACGUCUGUGGGUGACAAAGCAGUGUCAAGAUUAGAUCUGAUGACUGUUUAUGAAGCAGGCCUCUCAGAGAAGUAAGACACAGCAGCCGAGACCCGUGAGGAGGGGCUCGCUUAUGCGGUCCCUGGUCAGUGCACAGACCAGCACUGCCUCUGCCCGUCUGAGACGGGUCCAUCGUCGUUAGUGCCAGAGAUCAAAACACUGUUCUGCUUCUAGUGAUUAAAAUCAAAACCUGUAUCAGCAAGUUAAACUGUUGCAUUUCUGUAAUUUUUGUCUAUUAUUCUUUGAAGCAAGUUGGCAGAAGUUCUUUGUAGAAUUCUUACAGGUCAGAUCUUGUUACAGGGAAUUUCAGAGGUUUGUGAGAGGGGAGAGAAAAGGCUAGAUCAGUCGCAUCAUUUCAUCAUGUUAAAUUGCUGGGCUGAAUUCUGCCAGGAUUUGGGGCUAUUUUCGUAACAGUUUGUGGUCAGGUGUUAUUUGUAUCCCUAUAUUGCAGAAAAUACUAUUACCAAUCUUACUCCUAAAGGUACUCAGUGUGGAAACUUCGAGCACUUAUUCUUUUCCAUCUUUUCAUGUUACUUUAUUAUGCUGAGUCUCACCAAACUAAAAAAAAAAAAAAAUAAUGGUGGAGGUGGGGAUAUUGGGAAAGCUGUACAAGGCAAGAAAGGUCUAGAAUCCCCAGGGUAUUUUUUUCCUUCAGAAAGGAACAUCAGAGAGCUUGGCAGAAACUGUGGCCCACUUAGGAAAAAAGAAAAGCCCACUUACCUUGUUUUAAGUCUUAAACCAUAGUACAUUUUCCUUUUAUGUGGACAAUAGUAAGUCAGUUCUUUGAUAGAGUAAAUAUAAAAUCUUGUUUUUGGAAAAUAAGCUGUUAGCAUUUAUUAAUAAACCCUGUUGUGACAUUUCUUAAAGAGAAUACGCACUCCUAGCAAGCUCUGUCUCCAGACGCAAACCAGCCUUCUGCUUGUCACAGUUCCACACUAAAUUUCUAUAUUAAAUUAGAUCAAGGGCUUUCAGACUUUAACAGCUAUGGAACAGUUCUUAGAUGCCUUAAAUUUUAAAAGGCAUCAAUUAAUGUCUUAAAAUAAAGGCAGAUUUGUUUAACUCUG